UAUAUAUAAGCAGAAUAUACGUAUUUUCUUUAUUGCACGAUUAGCCUGCUACUCUUUAUUUAAUCAAAUCUACAGCUUAAUUUAAGAGUAUUAGCCUUAGUUUCUGUUUCGAACUCGUUAUUGUCCGGAGAAUGUGUGCUUUCUCUCAUUUUUUUUAUAAUUAGUCAUUUUGAACUUUGUAACUUUGGGAAAUGACACCUGUUACAAGAACAAUGCCUGUUUUAUUGGCUGUUUGAUAAGACCAUACCAGUAUCCCAUCAUUUGAAUAGCCUGAUAUGGGCCCGCUAAUAUUGACAGAUAGUGCUCGUGGAGUUCAUGGGCUGACAACAUUGUUGGAAUUUAGAAAAGAGAGCCGUGGUUGCCACAGUAACUUUUGCUCUAAUUUUGACACAACCUGAUGUAAGCCAGACUUGAGUAUUUCUCAACUGUUCAUGCGAAAUCCAAUGCUACCCCUUUAGACACUUGAGGGGUUUUAGUGGUUAUCCUACAGCAGAAUCACAGGCGAGACAUUUUGACUUCUUUCAACAGCGUUGUGCUGUUUCAUAUUCGCAGAAUAAAGAUGUCGCCGUUGCUGUUGGGAGUCGGAGUGUGUUUAGCUGGGUGGAUUGCUCUGUACGCUUUGCUGUGUUACACAAAUGGCUCUUGUGGCUACGAAUGGAACUGUCGACUUGUUACACUACUCCAUGGCAUUCUUGCUGUCUGUGUAACAGCUUACAUUGGAUACAUAGAUGGACCGUGGCCUUUCACCUACCCAGGUACAAAGAACAGCCCUCUGCAGAUUACUGCUAUGGUGAUCAGUCUGGGCUACUUUAUCUUUGACAUGGCGUGGUGCGUGUACUUCCGCACCGAGGGGCUGGUGAUGCUCGCCCACCACACCAUGAGCAUCCUGGGUAUUCUGCUGACCCUGUGGCUGGGGGAGUCAGGUAUCGAGGGUUGCGCCGUGCUGUUCGGCAGCGAGAUCACAAACCCCCUCCUCCAGACUCGCUGGUUCUUGAAACAUUCCGGCCGUUACGACAGCUUCCUUGGAGACCUUGUGGAUGUUCUCUUUGUGAUGUUGUUCGUGUUUAUGCGGAUUUUCGUCGGCGGCACUAUGCUGUACUGCGAGCUCAUCUCCCCGAGACCCAAGUUUAUUAUUAAAUGUGGUGGUGUAGCCAUGUACGCACUGUCAUGGGUCUUCAUGGCUGACAUUGCCCGUUUCGCAUAUCGGAAAUCCCAGGUCAAAUACCAGCGUUGGAUGAAUCGCCACAGGAUGGCAGAUGUCAAUGGGCAAGAUGUGAAGAGAGAUUGAAAGAUUUUGUCAGAUACGACAAGCUUAUUGGCCUUUCAUCUUUAAUACUGGAGAGAAGAAUUUGAUUCAGAACAGGCGUACCAGCUAAUAUAGCUCUG